GAUGCCCCUCCUUUAGGUCUUUCGUCCUCGAAAGACUCCGGUCCGUUUCAAAUAGCGCUAACAUCCCCUGUCUAAGUCAAAAUCUAAACCUGCUAUAUCGACUCUUCGUGCUAAUCACCUUCUUAUAGCGAUUCUUUCUUCGGAUAGCCUUUUAACGAUGUGUCCUUGCUCGCCAUGUGAGUCUAAAGGCCUUAGUUCAUGCGAGGUCUUGAAAGCCGAUUCUUCUCAAUAUAUAGAGUAUGUCCGUAAUAAACACUCGAAUUAUGAUGUUCUUGGCGUCUCCCCUGCUUAGCUUCGGUCUAUCGCGGCUUAGCAUUAGAAACUUAAAGAUGAACUUAUAGCUGCUAAGGAGCGAGUCCUUCGUCUUCGGAAAUAAAAACGUAUGUGGUUUAAGAAGAUAAUAAGGGCUAUUGCUCGGGGUAUUAAUAGUAUAGAGGAGUUGGAGCGAGUAGAGCGUAAGGAGGCUACGGCGGCGGCGGUAGCAGAGGCUUCUAGGGUUACUGCGUCCUCUUCGACCCUAUCUUGCCUGUCUGCCGAUUUCGGACAGCUUUAGGAUACCAUAUAUCCUGAAGUUCCUUUAGAUCCGUCCUUGCUAGCCGAUUUCGGGUUAGUCUCUGGUUUGUUGCUUUCGGUCGAUUAAGGUUCCUCUAGUAGAACUGCUAAAGUUUCUCAGGGCAAUUUAGGUUCUUAAUAGGUUCCUAUAAGUUGUCUUCUAGUCUAAAAUCAAGCCAUUUAACUAGAUAUUACAGUUUUCUAUUAACGAUACGUAAAUCUAGAAUUUCUUCGACAUCC